AUGGCGGGGUCCCUGGCUGCGGUCAAGAAGGAAUUGAGACAAAAGAUCAAGGCACUGCUCAAGGAACUGCCCGAGGCGGCGGCCGCCUCGCAGACGACCAGUGCGACGGCUACUCUGCUGGCCAUGCCCGAGUACCAGGCUGCGCGCCGGAUUAGUGUCUACCUGUCCAUGCCUGGCGGCGAGAUCUCCACGACCGACAUUGUGCGCAGUGCGCUGGACGAGGGCAAGAAGGUCUUCAUUCCAUACACAUACAGCCCGGACGCGCCCAGCGGAGGCCAGCCAAAGUCCAUCAUGGACAUGGUCGAGCUGCACUCCAUGGCCGACUUGGACUCGUUGCAGCCCGACAAAUGGGGCAUUCCCACGCCCGCCAAAGCGUCCAUUUCAUCACGCGCAAACUGCUUUGGCGGUACGGGCCUCACAAACGGCGACACCCAAGGCGCUAAAGCCGGCCUCGAUCUGAUCGUCAUGCCCGGCAUGGCCUUUGACGCGCACUUUGGUCGCCUCGGCCACGGCAAGGGCUUCUACGACUUCUUCUUGGCCCGCUGUCACCACGCAUCGCGCAUGCCUUUUCGCGUUGGUCUUGCCUUGACCGAGCAGCUCCUCCCGCCAAACGAGUCGGUUCCCAUGGACUCUUCCGAUUUCCGCCUUGACGCCUUGAUCACGGGCGCCGGUGAGCUGCUGCGCGCACGUGCCUGA